CUGAAAGUUUACAUUGAUAAGAAUAAAUGAUAAACCAUCGUAAUCCCUUUUCAAUUUUAAAUAAGACUAAAUAAUUUUUUAUUUAAAACCAAACAGAAACUUUAUGAGUCGGGAAUGAGAGGUUAGAGAUCAAUCUCCCUAGAGGGUAUAAUUUAUCUUUUCCGAUUUACCAAAAAAAAAAAAAAAACUCUCCCAAUCCCCACCAAAAUAAGAAAAUAUGAGAAUUGCCAUGUCGUUUAGACAAAACGAGGUAGUUUCGGCUGCGUUUUGUGAACCCCGCCUUGUCGAAAAUUUCAAAUAUCAGAGAUGAAGAAGAAGGGUUUGGCCAAUGUAUCCAACACGAUGAUGAAUUCUCAGAAGCACCCUCACCUUGAAGAUGAUGAUGACACCUUCGAUCGUCUUCACUCCGAUCUUUCUUCUCUUUUUCUUCAGAUUGAUGAGAUUGUUGUGAAAGCGUUUGGAUUGAAGAAAGUUAGUCAAAAGGGUAGCAAAAAAAUCGAACCUUUCUCCCAUGUGUUGUCUGACUUGCUCUCAUGCUUAAAGCCCUGGGUGCCCAGAUUGCAAAUUGCACUCUCAUCACUCUCAGUGGAGUCUGAGAGUAAAAAUGAACAAGUUUCUUUUUGUGAGGAAAGCAAUGUCAGUGAGUGUGGCAGUCCUCAAGAGACCACCUUGGACUCUUUGGUGUCUCCUUCUCCACUUGUGUCAUGGCGGGGCGACUGCACUGUUGAUAGAGGUAGACAGAUGUUUAUGCUCACACCUCUUCCAUUGUCAAGAGCAUUGUUGUCAACCAAACCCAAGCAACCACAAACUAAGUCAGAGUCCGAUGAAUUGGCUUCCUCUACUUAUGGUAUUGGGACAUCAACCUUUUUAGACUUGUCUAGAGACAUGAACACUUUGCUGGACUCUGUUCUGAUGAAGCAAGCUCCAACUGAGCCUGCCCCUUCUUCUGUUGCCAUUGAAGAGGCAAACAAUGAAGAGCCCGGGUUAAUUUCUUCGCCGUUUGUUCCCAAAAGAGAUACCUCCAUGCUUGUUAUGAUGACUCCUUGCUUAAAAAUGUCACCUCCGAGGUCUUGUGUUUUGCUUGAACCCAUAUCUGAAAUACAUCAUCGUGGUAAUGAUAAGGUUCGCAAGUGCACUCCGUUUCCUGUUGGGGUUCAUUACAGUGAUUCAGAAGAUUCUGAAUCUUCUGGUAGUGAGGCUUCACAGGGUUUGGCAUUGAAGUAUCCAGAACUGUUGGGGUUACAGAAGGUUUCUAAGUCAGGACUUGGAAAGAAAAAUGUGGAAGCCUCACCGGCUUGGCUUACAUCACCUCCAAAAACUUGUGUGUUGCUGGAGCCUUCUGAUGAAACAUCAUUGGAGUUGGAGAAGGCUGAUAAUGAACCUUGUAUACAGAUAACUGAUUCCGUUCUUAAGCAACCGGUCAGCAAAUUGAAAGAUGAUAUUUCCAAAGAUCGUAAUCAAGCCAAAAUAUCUUGUGAUCAAGAUCAUUCUAUUGUCAACUCUUUGCAUAUAGAGAGCACUCCCAUGUGGCCGGAGCCUGAAAGCUCAUUUCGAACAGGGAAACGUCCCGGUGAAAAUACUUUGAAGAAGGAAUUAUGGACCAAGUUUGAAGCAGCAACCGCUGGUGGGUUUCAAUCCAAGUUAUCUACAGUUCAAGAGAAUACACGGAAAGGAUUUCUUGACCUGCUGGAAGAAGCUUCAAAUGAACAAUGAUGAAUAAACUAAAAAUAUGGAAGUGUCAAGAUCUGAAGAGGCCGGUUGGAGGGGAAUGUAAUUUUGGGAUACUGCCAACUACAAAUUUGCAUUUUAUUUAGUCACUUAAGCUACCUUGUAUGUAUUGUCAUUCUCUGGCAUGUUUUUGAAAGUAGAAAUGCUAGUUACACACCAUUUUAAUAUAUCCCCACUCUAUAGUUAAACCUUUUUUUUUUUUUUUUGUAUAACUGUGAACCGAAAGGGUUCAAUUUUCAUUUUACAAAACAUUAUCAA